AUGCUAUUGGAAUUGGGACGCUUUGUCUUCUUGGCAUUAACGGAUGCAGCAAUGUUACCGGCAUUAAAUGUCAUGAAGUGUAAUCGUCGGCAUUUCGAACUGUUUAUUGGUGUAUUACAAUUGGUGAUUUCGUUCUUCUUUAAUGCUGCUGAAGCCUUUAACACGCAAUUGUUCUUGGAAGAAGUCGAAUGGCAUUUUAUCUCGGAUGUUGUAUCGAUUACGUACUUCCUCUUGCUCUGUGUCCAUCUCAUGGGCUUUAAAGAUGAGAAUUACAAUAUUGUAUUACGCUACGUGGCGUUUGCAGGUUCUUGGCUGUUCAAGACCAGGGACGACUGGGAUUCGAUACUUUAUCAGGGAAUGCUUGUGGGUUGUUAUCUCAUGGGAGUUAUCUACCGUCGAGGGCUCACUAAGAACAAGAAUGUCUCCCCUUUGAACAAGCAAAAGGGAGUGUACGCAGUCGUGAGUCUCGUUGCGGCGGUUAUUAUGUGGUUUAUUGCAAUCUUCUUCCAUGAAGACGAGAACCACAUGGCGUGGGGGAUAACUAAAGGUUUGAUGCACAUGUUGGCGGGAGCGUCGUUCUACUACGCGUGGCUCUCGGUGCCGUGUAUGGACUCCAAGAAGGACGAUAUGAUCCCGAUGCAUAGCUCGUUUGUGUAG